AUGCAGGCCUACUUUGCAAGCUGGGGACAAGAGGGCAUAGUUGAUCUUAAACAUGAACUCGAGCAGGUGCUCAUGUUUAUCUCAAGUCGGUGCCUACUCGGAUAUGAGGUUCGUGAGAUGAUGCUGGAAGAAGUUUCAUCAUUGUUUCAUGAACUUGAGAAUGGCUUAAACUUUUUUAGUUUCUUGUUCCCCUAUAUUCCAACCUCGACAAACCGCCGGCGCGACAAGGCGCACAUCAGGCUUAAAGAAAUAUUCACUACAACUAUCAGGUCACGCAGGAGCUCCGGCCGAGUUCAGGAGGAUGCACUGCAGAGGUUGAUGAAUUCCAAAUAUAAAGACGGUCGCUCUGCAUCCGAAGCCGAAAUUUGCGGCAUGAUCAUAGCACUCAUAUUUGCUGGAAAGCACCCAAGCUCCAGCACUAGUAUAUGGACUGGAGCUUUCAUGUUGAGCAACACCAAAUUCUUAAUAGCUGCCGUGGAGGAGCAAAAGCAUAUAAUUAGCAAGUACAAGAACCAAAUAGGCUAUGAUGCAUUUUUAGAGAUGGAUACCCUGCAUAGAUGCAUCAAGGAGGCACUUCGGAUGCAUACACCAGUGCAAAUGUUAGCUCGCAAGGCACAUAAGAAAUUCAAGGUGCAGACCAAGGAAGGCAAGGAAUAUGACAUACCUGAAGGGCAUAACAUUGUAAUCCCUACAACACUCAACAAUAAGCUGUCACAUGUUUACAAUGACCCUCAUGCGUACGAUCCAGAUCGGUUUGGUCCUGGAAGAGAGGAGGACAGAGUUGGCGGCAAGUACUCUUUCACAACAUUUGGUGGUGGAAGGCAUGUUUGUUCUGGCAUGGCCUUGGCUUACCUGCAAAUUAAGGUCAUAUGGAGCCAUCUAUUAAGAAACUUUGAGUUCAAGUUAAUAUCUCCAUUCCCUAAGGUGGAUGUGAGCAAGGUGGGUCAAGAGCCUAAAGGAAAAGUAAUGAUAAGUUAUAACAGACGCCAGCUACAGUGCUACUAGUCGCCAUUAGUACUAAUAUAUUUCUACCUAUUUUAUUGCAUGCCAGGAUUUGUUCAUGUGCAAAUAAUGUUUAUUCCAUCACAUAUAUUGUCAUGUGGGGGGCCACAUACCAGCAACGACGGACGAGGCCCAAUCUAGCCACUACUAGGA